AGAGGGAGUCGUUCUCUGUCUGUUGGAGCAACAUGUCUGGUUAUGUGCUUACAAGAGAUGCAAAAUAAAAGCUAAAUUGGAUAUUCAUUAAUGAGCCCCAAAGGCGAGUGAGAUGCUUUCUCAAGGAAGAAAGGAUGCGGAGUGAUGCAAUGGCGCUCGGGUACGGCUCUAAGAAGUCGAUUUCGUGUGACCAGGGGGUCACACCUGCUUCUCGGAACAAUGGGGUGGAAGCCGGUGGACAAACUGUGGCUACACCCACCAGGAAGACUCGGUCCUUUAAGUGUCUUCUGGCCUUCCUCAUCAUCACCAUCAUCAUUCUCGCAGCCACAGGAGCCACACUAGCCUGGUACUUCCUGGAACACAGGGUUUGGUUGUUGGAGCCUCGUGUCCAGCAGCAGUACACGGCCUACCUGUCCAUCCUCAACAGGAACUUCUCUGCUGAUCUGUCCUCUCACAACAGCCCUGCAUUCAAGAAAGAGGCCAAGGGAGUAGAGAACAUGGUAAAUAAAAUAAUGAAGGGGUCCAGUCUUUCUCGAUACUUCAACUACACCACUGUGUUCGCCUUUGGGGAGGGGAGUGUUGUGGCUCACUUUUGGAUAGUGAUGUCUGUGCCAGGUAGCCGUGUUGAGUUUGUCACACUGGAGAAAGUCACCAUGAGCCUGGAGAAUGGCCUGAGGGAGUACAAAGAGUCAGGGGAGAAUGAGACGGCCAGCUUCUCCAGAUACCUCCUACACCUCCCCUCCCUGUUUGUCAGUGAAACCGACUCCAAAGUUAUAGAGCUUUUGAAAGCCUCAUUUGACUGCUACCGCUACCAGAAGGUGGUGUCUAGCAGCCCUUUGUCUCUUCGUGGCCCCGAUACGCAGCGCUCCUCCUGCCUGUGGCACCUCCAGGCCGCCCCUGGCUCCCAGCUGGAGCUCCAGAUGGAGUGGCUGCUGCCAGAGUGCCGGGACAGGCUGGUGGUAUACAAUUCACUCACCCCCUCCGACACUUACCUCAUCACAUCCGUGUAUGGCUGCAGCAGACAUGAGCGGGUGGUGCAUGUCCUGUCUUCAGGCGAGUGGAUGACGGUGGUUUGGAAACAGGGUCUGUACAACUACAAGGACCCCUUCUCUCUGUCUGCACAGGCCUGGGGCCGCCAGGACUGCAAGUCCACUAUAGAGCUGAAGGCAGUAUCAGGGGUCCAGGGGACACUGAGGACGCCUUUCUUUCCCAGCUACUACCCCCCCGACACCAACUGUACCUGGAGCUUUACUAUGCCAAGUGUAGGCAUGGGCCUGUCUCUGGAAUUUGAGGGCUACGAGUUGAGCAGAGCCAGCUACAACCAGAACUGUACCCAGGGACAGUGGGUCAUCCAGAACCGCAGACUGUGUGGCACCAGGGGCCUGCUGCCAUACAAUGAACGCCUCUUCCUGCUCUCCACAACUGCCACUGUUGCCAUGACAUCAGAGGUGUCACUCACAGGGCCGGGACUUCAGCUGAGCUACAGUGUCUUCAACCUAUCAGAUCCUUGCCCAGGUCAGUUUCUGUGCACUAUUAACGGCCUGUGUGUUCCUGCCUGUGAUGGAAUCAAGGACUGUCCCAACGGCCUUGACGAGAGGAACUGUGUGUGUGUGGCACAGUACCAGUGUCCGGAGGACAGUCAGUGUGUGGACUACUACAAGGUGUGUGACCAACUCCCAGACUGCCCUGAGGCAACAGAUGAGAUGAACUGUACUGAUGGUGUGCAGUGUACAGAUAUGACCUAUGUGUGCGCUGAUGGAACGUGUCUGAAAAAGCCAAACCCACGGUGUGACUUUGUUACCGACUGCCCCGACGCCUCAGAUGAGAAAGAGUGUGACUGCGGCCUGAGGCAGUUCUCCAGCCGUAUUGUGGGGGGGACCAAUGCCACAGAGGGGGAGUGGCCAUGGCAGGCCAGCCUUCAGGUGCGGGGUACGCACAUCUGCGGGGGCGUGCUAAUCUCCAGCCAAUGGGUGGUGUCUGCUGCCCACUGUUUCUAUGACGACCGUGUCUACUCUCCCUCGAUGUGGACGGUUUACCUGGGGAAACUCCUGCUCAGCCGCAGCAGCCCUACUGAAGAAGUGGCUCGUGUUAAGCAAAUCCACCUCCACCAAUACUACGACGACGAGUCCCACGACUACGACCUGGCCCUGCUGAAGCUAGACCGGCCCGCCUCCAUGCUGCUGGCUGGACAUGCUCGACCCGCUUGCCUGCCUCCGCCCGCCCACCAGCUGGAGCCGGGCCUGCUCUGCUGGGUCACCGGCUGGGGGACUCUCCGCGAGGGGGGCAGUGCCAGUAAUGUGCUUCAGAAGGUGGAUGUUCGCCUGGUCAGCGAGGAAGCCUGCGUUCGCUCUUACGGCCACCUGGUCACUCCCAGAAUGCUUUGCGCUGGUUACCGCAGUGGAGGCAAAGAUGCCUGUCAGGGAGACUCUGGCGGUCCCAUGGUGUGCCAGGAGCCAUCAGGACGCUGGUUCCUGGCCGGGGUGGUGAGCUGGGGCAAAGGCUGCGGGCGUCCAGACUACUACGGCGUCUACACUCGCAUCACCAGGCUCACUGGCUGGAUCAAACAGGUCAUCAACAGCCCCUGAGACAAUUGGGAUCUUCAUCAUCAUAACAUCAAUGUACUCAUAAUCCGAAGCUGGGUGCAAAUAAAAACACUAACCAAGUGAGGAUUAAAAGUGCUGGAAAAUGAAUUGAGAUUGCUUCUCAGCCAAACAGCAAGCUGAUAAAACGUUAAAAACCCUUUAUUCCAAAGUCAUAAAGUAAUAAAGCUAAUAAUAAUCAACCUUGUUUAAGCAGCAUACAGUGCUGUAAUUAAAAAAAAAUUAGGAAAAAUCCAACCUUUAAGGACACCAAUUUUCUUUGUGAA